AUGUGGGACGACGAAGACAACAACCCUUACGGAUCAUUCCACCGCCGCGACUCGGAAACGUCGGACAUUCAGUCGCCUACAGAGCGUUCGUGAUGUCCCUAAUCUAUUCCGCGUCUUCUUCAGGCUGACGAUGCACGCAUUCAAGGCUUCAACCGACCAUCGACCCCGCCUUCAGGCCACUCGUCUCCAGAGCACACUCCCCACUUCAUAUCACGACCGAGCGACCUGAGCGAUGAAGAUCUGGACGACGAAAGGCCUCAGGGUACCGCCAAGGUACAGCCCAAAGAAGGUGGCUACGACAGCAGAAUAGAGCAGAUCCUCUAUGAGCAUCCGGAGCUAGAGAUACAGAUCGUCCACGCUGGGAAGAAUACCGAGGGAGGAGGUGGUUACAUUACAUACACCAUUCGCACAGGAGAGAUUGAGGUCCGAAGACGCUACUCUGAGUUCGCGUCUCUCAGGCAAACACUGGUCAAUCUACAUCCGACCCUGAUCAUUCCGCCUAUCCCCGAGAAACACAGCAUCGCGGAUUAUGCUGCCAAACCAACGAAAGCGAAAGAGGAUGUCGGUAUCAUUGAGCUACGACAACGAAUGCUGGCGACGUUCUUGAACAGAUGCAGACGUAUGAAGGAGGUACGAGAAGAUGGCGUGUGGUGGCGCUUCCUGGAUCCCAACGUGAGCUGGAGUGAGGUGCUUCAUUCCCACCCUGCUGCCAGUGUCCCCAAGAACAACCUCAAGGCUCCACCGCUUGAUCCAGCAAACCCAUCCCAGGCUCACUCUUACCUUCCAGUCCCAUCUCAGAAUGCAAAGCUACGCUCUACUUCAGGCUCAUCGGCCUCUGGUACUCCGACAUCUCCACCUAUUGGAACGACUGCUGCGUCUGCUGCUUCGCAUACCAUACCGUCGGUACAGUUCGCUCGAUUCCCACCUCUUUCCCAGCAGCUUAGUGAAAGUGAUCUGGACCCAUACUUCUCUUCGUUCGAAAACAGUUCCAAGGAGCUGGAGACCGUACUCACAGGAUCCAUGGAAAAGGUCAACGCCCGCCUCCUACGGCAUCUUUAUAGUCUCGGAGAUGACCUCAUGGAUCUGGGUGCUCGAUACAAUGCUUUCUCUCUGUCAGAACAGUCUGCCAGCGUAGCGCACGCCAUCGAAAAGGCUGGCCAAGCCUGUGACUUCACGUACAUACAAUCGAGGGACCUCUCGUCUUCCUUGAGCGCUGGAUUUGCCGAGCCCAUGAGAGAAAGCGCACAAUUCGCGAGUGUAGUGCGAAGUGUGCUGAAGUAUCGAGUCUUGAAGCGCGUGCAGGAAGAAAUGACACGCGAUGAACUCGAGAAGAACAAGACGCGACUGGAGCAGCUGGAGCGCAGCGAGAUGGAGGCGAAGCGCAUCGAACAGUACAUGUCAUCAUCUGGCAUCAACAGCUCGCAGUACGCGCCCAAGCGGAGCGUCAGCAGCGGCAGCAAUCGAAAUCGACCUGGCUCCAGCGACGGCGACAAUGCUUCUGUCGACAGUGAUUUCCCGCGAAACGUCCACGCACCCAGCGCAGAGCAGGGCGGUCCUCAGCAUGAGCAACCCUAUACUAGUCCGCCUUCUUCACCACCCAAUGGCAAUCAUAGGAGAGGACCCAGCGGAGUGAUGAAGAAGAUGUUUGGAGGCCUCACGCAUGCCAUCCAAGGCGUGACGGACCAAGACCCCGAACGCGCUCGACGAGAUGCCUUGGGCAAGACAAAGGAGAAUCUGGUGCAUCUGGAGCAAGCGCUCGAGGUCUCCCAACAUGACGUGAAGGACGCGAGCAAAGGCGUGCUGCAGGAUCUGCGCAGAUUCCAAGGCCAGAAGGAGGAUGAUUUGAGGAUGUACAUGGUGAGUGUUCUUCUUCACACUGCCCCGAAGUGGCUGGCGGGCAUGAGACUGACGUUUUGUUCACAGCUGAGCUUCGCAAAAUCGCACCUAGAAUGGUCGAAACGCAGUCUCGAUGAGUGGGAGAAGGCAAAGACUGAGAUUCACAAGAUUGAGGUGCGGUGA